UGUCCCUGGAGGUGCCAUCCCAAACGCUUCAAAUAGCAGCAAGCAUAAGCGGGGACGGUCACAUACCCACCUUCGCAAUUCGCAUUCACUUCCCUUUUCUCCAUUCCCUCACCUUAAGUUCGAUUCCUCACUUCCUUGCAAUUCCGUGUGGAAGUUUCUGUUCUCGCAAUAAUGGAAACGGAGGAUAAGCUUCUGAUGCUCCGAUGCUCCGUUAAGAACUACGAUUGGGGCCGACUGGCCGGAGACUCUCAAGUCGCAAGGCUCUUUUCGCUGAAUUCCGGAUCCGAACCCGAACCCGACAAGCCUUACGCUGAGUUUUGGAUGGGUACGCAUGACUCUGGCCCAUCUUUCCUGCUCUCUGGUGAUGAAAAUAUGACCCUUAAGUCGUGGCUGUCGAAGAAUCCUAAUGCUCUUGGCGAGAAGGUUCUUGGAAAAUGGGGCUGUGAUCUCCCUUUCUUGUUCAAGGUACUCUCGGUGGCAAAGGCGUUGUCCAUACAGGCUCAUCCAGAUAAAGAGUUAGCCAGAACUUUGCAUAAAUUGUAUCCUGAUCUGUAUAAGGACGGGAAUCACAAACCUGAGAUGGCUUUGGCAAUGACCGAGUUUGAAGCUCUGUGUGGGUUUAUCUCUCUGGAGGAGCUGAAGGUUGUGAUUCGUACUGUACCUGAGGUUAUGGAACUGGUUGGCUUUGGAGAUGCAUUACCAAUCUUUGGACUCACUGAUCAAGAUAACGAAGAGACUAUAAAACGUGAAUUGGCGGCAGUGUUUACCCGGCUCAUGUUCGCAGAUAAAAAGGAAGUCACUGAAUCAGUAGGCAGAUUGAUAAGUCGUCUGAUCAAAGAAAGUCAGGUGAGGGAGUUGACAGAUAAGGAGAAACUAGCGCUGAGGUUAGAAAAGCAGUAUCCUAGUGAUAUUGGUGUCAUAGCAGCCUUCUUACUGAACUACAUGAAACUCAAUCCCGGUGAAGCCCUGAGCCUUGGGCCAAAUGAGCCACAUGCUUAUAUAAGUGGUGAGUGCAUCGAAUGCAUGGCAACUUCAGACAAUGUCGUGCGAGCUGGCCUUACUCCUAAACACAGAGAUGUCCAGACUCUUUGUUCCAUGCUCACAUACAAGCAGGGGCCCCCUGAGAUCCUGCGAGGAAUUCCCAUAAAUUCACAUGUAACAAGGUACCUCCCACCAUUCGAUGAAUUUGAGAUUGAUCGCUGUGUUGUCCCUCAAGGUGAAUCAGUGACCUUCCCAGCAGUCCCAGGUCCUUCCAUCUUUCUGGUCGUUGAUGGGGAAGCGAUUAUAAAAGUUGGAGGAUCACUCAGAGUCUAUAUUGCUGCCGAAGGAGAUGUCAUUUUGGCUGCUGCAAACACCGUAGUUUGUAUAAGUGAAGCAUCAGACUUGAUUCUGUAUAGGGCUGGGGUUAAUGGUGAAUUCUUUGAAGCUUCCGAGGCUUAGGAAAGCCUUCUGUCAGCCAAGUCUGGAAUUCUGAGUUUGGUUUUUCAGAGUGACAAGAGGU